CGGUGGUCUGGCGCCUGGCCUGGUCCCGUUGCCAUGGCGACGAGGCGGCGGUGGCCGUUGCUGCUGGCUCUGUGCGGCCUAGUCGGGGGGCUGAGCCCGGCGGGGGCCGCCAACGCCACGGGGAGCCCCCCCAACCUGGUGGUGCUGCUGAUGGACGACAUGGGAUGGGGUGACUUAGGUGUGUUUGGGCAUCCUUCCAAAGAAACCCCGAAUUUAGACCAGAUGGCUUCCGAAGGGAUGCUUUUCCCAAGCUUCUACACCGCCAAUCCUCUCUGUUCUCCAUCCAGGGCAGCGCUAUUAACAGGUCGCCUCCCUAUCCGGAAUGGUUUCUAUACCACAAACGCCCAUGCCAGGAAUGCCUAUACACCCCAGGAGGUCGUUGGGGGGAUCGCAGGUUCCGAACUGCUCCUUCCAGAGCUGCUGAAGAAAGCAGGCUACGUCAAUAAGAUCGUUGGCAAAUGGCAUCUUGGCCACCGGCCGGAGUUCCAUCCCUUGAAGCAUGGAUUUGAUGAGUGGUUUGGAUCCCCCAACUGCCACUUUGGGCCUUACGAUAACAAAGCUGCUCCAAAUAUCCCUGUGUACAGGGACUGGGAGAUGAUUGGCAGAUAUUACGAAGAUUUAAAAAUCGAUCGUAAGGCGGGGGAAUCAAACCUGACACAAAUCUACCUGCAGGAAGCCCUGGAUUUCAUCACGCAGCACGCCAACCAGCAGCCGUUCUUUCUGUACUGGGCAAUCGAUGCCACUCAUGCGCCUGUGUAUGCCUCCAGAGAAUUCUUGGGCACCAGCCAACGAGGACUCUAUGGCGAUGCCGUGCGAGAGAUUGACAGCUCGGGAAGAAUACUGAGUCACCUUCAAAAGCUGGGUAUCAGCGAGAACACCUUCGUCUUCUUCACCUCUGACAACGGAGCUGCACUUAUGUCUGGUUCUAAAGAAGGAGGCAGCAACGGCCCCUUUCUGUGCGGCAAAGAAACAACCUUUGAAGGCAUGAGGGAGCCAGCGAUUGCCUGGUGGCCGGGCCAUAUCCCCGCGAGGCAGGUGAGUCAUCAGCCGAGCGUGAUGGAUCUCUUCACCACCGGCCUGGCACUGGCAGGACUGCAGCCUCCCAGUGACAGACAGAUCGACGUAUCGACCCUUUUACCUGUCAUCCUGCAGGGCAAGUUAAUUGACAGGCCAAUAUUUUAUUACCGUGGCAACGAGAUGAUGGCGGUGCGGAUCGGGCUGUACAAGGCCCAUUACUGGACCUGGAGUAACUCCUGGGAGGAAUUCAGCAAGGGCAUUGAUUUUUGCCCCGGGCAGAAUGUUUCCGGAGUAACCACCCACACCCAAGAAGAGCACACCAAUCUCCCGCUGCUGUUCCACCUGGGAAGGGACCCUGGAGAAAAGUACCCAAUAAGUUUUUCUAGUGCCGAGUACCAAACAGUCCUGAAGAGAAUCUCUCCGGUAGUCCAGCAGCACCAGGAGACACUGCUACCUGGGCAGCCCCAGCUGAACGUCUGCGACAAGGCAGCCAUGAAUUGGGCCCCUCCAGGCUGCGAGAAGCUGGGCAAGUGCUUGAAGCCUCCCCCUUCCGACCCACAGAAGUGCGUCUGGCCCCACUGAGCCUCUCCCCGUCUGCUGGAGACCUGGCAGUCACUGCUGCUCUUACGCGUCAGGGAAAAGGUCCAGAUGGGCUGCCUUGCCUUUCCUCUCUCAGGGUUCUUACAGCAGCAAUGGGGGGGGGGGGGCUGCAAAUGGAGGCUUUCUGGCGUGAGGAAGCAGAGCCCUUCUGGGCUCACAUGGCCAGGAGGAAGCGGUGCCUGCUCGCCCUCAGGGUUGCUCAGCUCAGAUGCUUCCCGGGACAGAGGCCUCCUCUUCCUAUCUGCAGUGUGCUCUUGGCACUCUCCCAGGAGACGGAGCCAGCCGCAGCUAUUGCUAGUUCACUGGAACCCCCUGAAGCACCAGCGGCUGGCGGGGAGGGCCACUGCCUUCAUGCUUUGCUAGUGGGUUUUCCUGGGGCACCAGGCUGGAAGGAGGAUUCUCUUUCGCUGGGGUGGGCAGCUGUUGCUAAACUGGAACCUCCAUGUCCAAGGGCAGUCUACCUGGGGAGCACCAGUUGCUGUUGCCUUCAUUCUUCGCUUGUGGGUUUUCUGAGGGCAUGAGGCUGGGGAAAAGUUGCUCUUUUGCUGGGUGGGGCUUUACAGGUUCUUAAGCUGUGCAAACAACAGCCGUUGGCAUUCCUCUUAGGACUUGGGUUCCCAUCCUGCUUGUUUAUGAAGUGCCAAAGGUGAACAUGAAGGACUUUCUACUUUCCUUUUAGGACUUGGGUUCCAAUUCUGCUUGUUUAAGAAGUGCCAAAACUUAAUAUGAAGGACUUUCUACUUUUUUAAAAAUAAAAAAACCCCCAUGAUUGCGUCAAAUGAAACCUCAUUCCGUACCUUUGUUAAAAUGCCGACUUUCUAAAAAUACUUGUGUCAGAUUUGUAACUCUUAACUGUUGCGUGAUUGUAAGGAACGAAGGCUAAUACAAUCUUUGAUUUUAA